AUGCCAAAUAUCCACCUCUCACCUCGAGCUGAAGCCCUGAAGCUGGAGGCCAACCGUUUAUUUCAAAAUCAGGACUGGAGUAUGGCCUUCAUAACAUACUCCGCAGCCAUCUCCGUAGAACCUAGGAGUGCAGUGCUUUAUGGCAAUCGAAGCGCCACAUCCAUGAAGAUGAACAGAUACCAUCAAGCCCUUAGUGAUGCAAAGAAGGCUAUUGAGCUAGACCAUGGUUGGGACAAAGCUCACGCGCGUGCCGCCGCAGCUCAUGAAGCUUUGAAUGAGCUCACGAGCGCCCAUCUUAAAUAUUUGGAAGCGGCUAAAUUCGCUACGAAGCCGGCAAGCAAAGACGAAUAUGAGAGACUUGCAAGGCUUGUGAUCGAGAAGGCGCAACGGGCUUCCGAGGCUACAGUGGCCCAAUCUUACGUUCAGCUGAAGAAUCCAACCGACAAAUUCAUGCAGAUGGUCGAGCAGGGACACAUUUUCCCUCUCGACUCCGCCGUCGUACGGAACGUAAACACUGUUGAUAGCGUCCUAAAAGCAUGGAAGGAUAUUUUGGGUCUCGCAAUCACGAAGACUGAUGCCAAUGGCAAGCCAUUGCCCCAAGCUCAACAUACGGCCAAAGUCAAAGUAGGGGCAGUUUCAGACUUCGUCUCCUGCGUACUACAGGAUCCGAUGAAUAGUUUCGCGGUUACGAGUUCCACAGAGUGGAACAAUCCAGUUGACUUGAUCCAGCAUCAGAUCCAGUGGGAGGCAGUGAGCAAUCUCAAAACUUCCGUCGGUGUGUUCUCUAACCUUGGUGACUUAUUUCCGUGCUUAUCGGUAGCACAACACUUUCAGUUCGAAAAUACACAGAACUUCAUUCAGUAUUUUGAGAGUAUAGUAUCUGCUCAUGGCUGGGAUCAUGUCCACGGAGGACCUCAAAGGCGAGUUUACAGUGUUCGGCGAAUAGUGCGCCUUCUUGACCCAAACUACAGCUGCUUCAGGGUGCGGGAUAGCCUAUCACUUGCCAUUCGCAUUCCUAUACUUGCCGGAAUGGUCUACGAGCUCAUCGCCGGCCAUUAUGGGACAGCGGCGCAAAAGUAUGAACAAAGUCUAGCAUAUAUUGACGCCAUUCGAGCCAGAUGGCCUGAUUUGGGCCCCGAGAUCGUCGGAACUAGCAUCAAGGAAACGUUCAGGAGAGCCGUUCAAGCCAGGUACUUAAUGUGUCUUGAGCAGCGAGCAUCAGCUCGUCCGAAACCUCUUUCGUCGGAGUUCGAGGAGAUCAAAAAGGUGGCAAAUGAGCUGCUGGAGUCGUGUAGAGCGCACCCCGUUCACCUUGGCCCAGGUGCAUCCCCAUCGGAUAUAAUUCAUUGGGUUGCGUUCGACAAGAGUAUUCGUGCUGAGGCACACAUGGCGCUAGCCUAUGCGUACCGAAACACCAGAGAUGAUCCCGAAGAUGGAGUAAAGUGCUUACAGAAUUAUCUUCUAGCCGCUGCUUGGUUUCCGCUAGAUGAUUAUCGCUGUGCUAUGAAUUUGUGGUAUGCACUCAAUAUCUCCAUGAGAGAAGGUGGUAUCUCCUUAGAAGAUAUUGACGCAAUGAUAGCAAAGGCUCAGGCUGCUGAGAAAGCUUCACAACUAUUUUUCGAUAAACGAGAAGAUCCCCAAUGGGACGAGCUCAAGAAGUGGGCAUCAAAAAUGAGAAAGGCGAACCCUCGCAAUGUUUUCUUAGGACCAGUGAUAGGACAAGCCGACCGGAUUGUCUCAGGCAGGAUCCACGGUUUGGAUUUGUCUCAGCUCCGGGGAAAUGGUUCGGGUCGAAUUGGUAUUUUUGCUGAAGUCCAUGUGGUGGAGACUUACAAGGCGGCGAAGGAAGAGGCAAAGCAGGAAUCCGAGGGAGUGCUGGUUCUCUCGGUUGAUUAG